AUGGAAGGCCGAGGAUUAACUCUGAGGAGCAAGUCUCGUCGUCAGCGCCCUCAGAUUAGUGCCCCCAAACCCAUCUCCGGUCCCCUACCUCCCAAUACCAGGUCUCCCGAGUCAGGCCCAUCCGCAAUCCCCACACGUGAGCGGGCACCCCAGAACGAUGCGACCUCGGAUUUAGUGAAACGACGAUACUCGACUCGAUUCAAUAGUGCACCUGAUUUUGAUGCCAAUGCUCCUCCUGUUCCGUCACUACCAACGCAGGUGCCUGGGGGACGAUUAGCACCGGCAGCUCUUCCGAGACAACCCUCACCAGCGGACCCGAACUCACCAGCACCAAAAGUCGAUCUCAAUGCUCUACGAGAUCCUACUAACCAGGAGUUCCCGAUCCUAGAUGUGGCCAGUUUGCUAGCCAACGCCUCCGAGGAAGAUAUCCGAAAGUACCAAGAAAGUCUACGCAAAGUCAAGAACCGGACAUCCACCGACCUGCAGCAAAAUGUUUAUCAGAAUCGCACCCAAUUUAUCAAGAUCAGUAAAGAGGCUGAGAAGCUCAAGGAUGAAAUGCGGACCCUCCGUACCCUCAUGGCGGAACUGACAACGGCGCUCGGACAAACAAGCGUCGGGAAUUCACCUAAUCCCAUGUCACCGAUGGAAGACUCUUUUCCUAAACGCAAUGCGAAUCGCAGCUCGGUUGCCAACCUCGAGAGCAUGUGGAGCGUACAACUACAAACGUUGUGGAAGACAGUGGAAGGGUCACAGAAGUGGCUUCCAGCUGCGCCAGGACGGCACAUCGUCCUAGAAACUGGUAAUUGGGUUGAGCUAGAUUCGGCAACCUGGAAACCAAGAAGACCCGUUCACAUUGUGCUGUUGAACGAUUACCUGCUCGUGGCUGCGAAGAAGCGUAAGCGGGUUGACCAAAGUCACCCCAACCACCGAGGACCUGUUCCAACGAGGCUAGUGGCAGAAGACUGCUGGCUUCUCAACGAUAUUGAUAUGAUUGAUCUUGGAGCCAAUCUGGGAACGGGGCAAGCGCGUGAAGAGGCUUUGGACCGGGGCAUUGGGAGAUCGAUCAGCAUCCGUGUGGGAAAUAAGCCCUUUACAUAUCGCCAUGAUGACGUUUCAGCGAAACAAGAACUUCUAGCAACUUUCCGCAAAACAGUCGAGGACUUGCGUCGAACUAUGCGCUCGGAGACCGAAGCGGCCAGCAAGCCCUUGGAAGCAUAUGGAUAUCUGGCUGGUCGGCAACAUUCCCAUUCGAAAAAGCCAGAAGCUUUCGAUCUCUCCGAUACCCCAAGAGACAAAUCUGAUAUACGCAUUGACGUGGAUGGAAAACAACAGAACCUCCGUUGGGUUGAAGGACAGGUGGACGAGCUUGAUAUCGAUAUUGCGCUUCAGCGAUUCGAAGCAUCUGUGCUCAGUAUCGAGCGACUACGGAAUUUGGCCAAGACUCUCAAGGGCAACACCAUUGCACAAGACAUCAUCAAUUUCAAGGUCGACGGGCGAGCAACUCGGCUUGCUGGCAUUCUCUCGCGGGCACUAGUUGACAAACACUCGUUCCCGGCGGCUACCAAGACCCACGUUACCUGGUUGACUCGGUUAGGGUUUGAAGAUCAGGCACGCGAGACAUACCUGAAAGCGCGUUCGGACGUGAUCGGCCAACGCAUCCGGGCCUGUAUCUUUGAAGGUGAUCUACCACUUUACAUCUUCCAGAUUUCCUACGUUUAUUUCACCCUGAUCAAGAACACCAUCAGUAUCUACCAACAAUGUUUCCCUAGCGUAAUGAGCAGUUCCUGCAUUCGCUGGGCUAAGCAUCACCUCGACGGAUUCAAUGCUCUGCUUAACCGACAACUUAGCAGCGUGCAGCGUGGUACAUCGGUUUGGCAGAGAUGCCUUGACAUUGUGCACGACCAUGCCGCUCUCUUGGUGGAAGUGGGUGUGGAUUUCACAGACUUGGUGACUCGUGGACUAGACGAGAAUGGCGAAGGGUUUGACAGGCCACGCACCGUCCAACCUAGCGAGCUGGGAACAUUCUAG